AUGACUCAUUUACUGGACACAUCCUAUUAUGUUAUCCGUGUGAUCUUUUCGAUUUCUUUAACUUACUCGACUGUUGAGAAUUUGUGGAAAAGUGCUGUCGAAUUCGCUGGCUAUCGACAAUUUAUGGCGGCUGCAGUAGACAUUGGUGGUGAAAUACAAACUGAAAAAAGUGAGGCAGCACCAGUUUUAUCCAACCAUGGACGAUGGAAUAUUGGCCGUUUCGUGGAAGACUUGCAACUCGGUGCUAUUAGUGGACAUAUUGGUGAUCUUCAUAACGAUGUCUUCCGCAUCGGCGCGAGAAAAUCAGGUGUAGUGCACCAAAAGGACGUUCUUGGGCAUACUGGAUGUGUGAAUGCUGUCGAAUUCAACAAAACCGAGGAUAUGUUAGCUAGUGGCGGUGAUGACAUGCGUGUCUUCGUUUGGUAUGUCUCAGAUCUUAUGUUGGAAGAAGCACCGAAACCUGCUGUUAUCAUGGAACGAGGACAUAAUUCAAACAUUUUCUGCUACCAAUUUUCCCUCGAUGGUGCUGAGCUAUUUUCUGGUGGCAAUGAUGGUGUAGUACUGCGUCAUGAUGUUACCACACGCAGGCCAUUGAGUGUUUACGAGGAACGGCAUCCUGUGUAUAGCAUAUCUGCUAACAGUUUGAAUAAACUUCGGACAGCACAUGCUUUACGAUUCGCCCAAACAAUCGCUACGUGUAGCUGCGUGCUGCAUGCUGAGAGUCACGCGAUCAUGAAGAAAAAGCCAGGGAUGCGCACCAACCAGCACAAAAACACUAAGCCUAUCGAUAUCAAUAUCGUGGCUGCUUCCCGUGAAGGAGGAGUUGUGUCUUUCUACGAUCGCAGAGAAACCAAGGAAGGCUCUUUCUGCCUCAUCGAUGAAGGUCAACUUUUUCGUGGCCAGUACAAUCCUGCUAAUGCACUCUACUUUGCUACAGCAUCCAACCGCGGUGUGCGUCUUUAUGACCUUCGGAAUCGUAAAAAACCUCUACUUGACUUGAGAUCACUUGUAAGUGAAGCGAUCUAUGUCGAAUGGAAUUCGAUCGGUACUGCUCUAACAGCCUUGCAAUCCCACUCCAAUCCGAUCUUUAUAGACCUAACUGAACAUCGUCGCGUUGAACUGAAAGAUCCGGAGUAUAGCAAUGUUCACACGAUCAAGUCUGUUACAUUCAUGGAUGAUGGAAUGGUGAUGACAGGCAGCGACGACUUUAACAUAUAUGCAUGGCGCUUACCAGGUUCUGGCCAAGGGAAAGACAACAACGACACAGUCUCAGAAGCUACGUUUGUCCUCAAAGGUCAUCGUUCCAUUGUAAAUCAUGUGAGAUAUAGCCCAAGCAAUAGAAUUAUUUCCUCCUGUGGAGUUGAAAAGAUAAUCAAGAUGUGGAGUUCCUUGCCUAUUCCAUCUUCGUACGACAAGCCGAGGAUUCGGAUUCGGAAAACAUUGCUUUCCGACAUAACCUUUGACGAGGGCGCGGCGGUAGACGAUACCGCUGAAGACCUCAACAUGCUGAAUUACUUCGAUCAAUUGGAUAAUUUAUCUCGAAUGCAAGCAUAUGAUCCGAAUGAGGACGCAGAUGGUGACAAUGUAGUAGUGAAUGUCGAUUUGGAAGGUUUGCGAGCACAUUUGAUGGGACUGGAAACUUCCGAUGAAGGUAGUGCAAGCGACGGAAACGACUACGACCUUGAGCAUAUACGCGACUUCGGUGAAGACGGAUCGGCUGAUGAUGAAAACUCAGCUAGAGGUUCAAUGAGAGCCCAACGUCGCCGUCGCUGGAGAAUGAUGCGGAGGAGCAGUUAUGAAAGACGAGCUUCUGAUAAUAAUCAAGAAGAAGAAUCCGGUUCUCCUUCUCGAGACGCUCUUAAUGAACCUGAAGAAAUGGGUGCUUCUUCCGAUGACGAGAUUGAGGGGCCACGCAAGCGUGUAAGAAGGGACACAGAUUCGACUGAUUCUUCGGAAGACGAGUUCUCUGUAUGUGAAGGCGGUAUCCCAAUUAGUACAUGGCCUGUCAGAGGGAGCCAAUCUCCUGCCUCUCAGUCGUAG